AUGGCGAGCAGCAGCGGCGCCAGCGAUGACAUGCAGUUCAAUAAUCUUCAGGGAUCUAGCCCUUAUAGAGGAGGUCCUGUUGGGCCUGGCGAGGUCUAUGAGACGCCCAGGCGCGGCCCUGGCUUCACGGAUGUGCCGCAGCCCGUGAGGAGAGUCAGGCAGCAACGAACCGAUGCCCCUGCAAAUUCCAGACCACCAAAUAGGGAGUCCUGGUAUCCCCGGAAGCCGCAGCCCCUGUUUGAGCAGAUCGAGGUGCACGUCACCAUGACUCCAGACGACGAGGAGAGAGCUGUGCGGGAGAAGGGGUACUGGGUGCAGAUGCUACAGAAGGCCGGCUUGUUGGACUCGGGGGCCGCGCUGCCGACAGUGCGCAAGGAAUUGAAUACCAAAAGCCGCAGCGGCCCCUUCCGCUCAGGCUACCUCGUGAACCGGCUGCUGAGCCAGAUCAGCGAUUGGCGCACGGUGUUCACCGUGCUGCGAGACCUGGAGCCCCUGUUUGACCACAUCAACAUCUCCACUGCCAUGCACCGCCUUGCCAAGGUCUCCUACAAGAACAAGGUGCCGCUCAAUGUCGUGCAGGCGCACCCCAUGUAUCCGCACCUUCUCACCGUGCUGAAGAAGAAGGUGUUGAGCGGCAAGAUGCGCGCGCGCCAGCUGGCCAAUACGCUGUGGGCGUUUGGGAAGCUGGGCCAUGAUGCGGAAGAUGUCGUCGACGCCCUGCUCUUCCAGAUGCACCGGACGCACAUAGCGACGUGGCAGGAGCAGGAGAUGAGCAACGCGGUGUGGGCGAUGGCGACACUGUCACGGCCGGACGAGGGGCUGUUGGAGACCAUGGCGCGCGACGCAAUGCGCCGGGGCAUGAGCGCAUUUGUGCCGCAGGCCAUCUCCAACCUGGUCUGGGGCUUCGCCGUCCUGGAGUACAACAACAACCCCUUCAUGCUGGCUGUGGCGGAGUACUUUGUGAUGGACCUGUCGCACUUUGCCACGCAAGCUGUGUCCAACAUCCUGUGGGGCUGUGCGGUGCUGAACUUCUACGACCAGGACAUGUUCAAUGCCGCUGCUCUGGAGAUUCAGCAUCGCAUAGGAAGCUUCAACGAUCAGGAGAUCUCCAACAGCUUGUUGGCCUUCGCCAAGAUGGAGCACGUGGAUGUGUCUCUUCUGCGGGUGUUUGAGGAGGACAUAAGGCGGCCGCAGCGAGUGCGCGACUUCACGUCGCAGGCGCUGUCUAACAUGGUGUGGAGCUUUGCCACGCUGCGCUGGUACCCCGAGAAGGUCCUGGAAGCCAUCUCUGCCGAGCUGCUGCGCCGCAUGCCCUACCUCUCUGUCCAGGAGAUAUCGGUGUCGAUCUGGGCCAUGGCCAAGCUGGGCUACCACCCCGGCCGCAGCCUAGCUGAGUUUGGGCGCAGGAUCGAGGAGCUCGUGCCCGACUUCAACUCGCAGGCCUGCGCCAAUACCCUUUGGGGCCUCUCCGUACUGCAGGCGACGCAGCUGCCAUGCUUCCAGAUGCUGAUAGACCGGCUGGGCAGCAACAACAUCGACAAGGUGGAGGUGCUGAUGCUGCACCAGCUGUUCCAGUCGCUGAUGCUGGCACGGCUGGAGGCCCGCCGGCAGAACCUGGCCGACCCCAUCCGCACCAUCCCAGACCACAUCUAUGCCCUCCUCCGACGGGUGUGGAAGGCGACGGUGAAGAACACGCUGAGCAGCCGCUUCCACAUCGACGUGAGCAAGAUGCUGCGCGAGCUGGGGGUGGCGCACGACUUUGAGUUUGUGACGGAGGACGGCUUGUUCAGCCUGGACAUCGCGCUGGCUGGCCCUCGCGGCCCCGUGGCCAUCGAGGUCGACGGGCCCUACCACUUCACUCUCAACACCCGCCAACCCCUGGGAUCCACCCUCAUCAGGCGCCGGCUGCUGCAUGCGCUGGGCUGGACCGUGCUCAGCGUUCCCUUCUACGACUACUACCGCCUCGGCAGCACCGCAGCCAAGAUGCAGUACCUGGGGCAGCUACUGCGCAAGGUGGACAUCGUGGUAGAGGUGGACGAGCUGCUGCGGGAGCGCGAGUCAGCCGAGGCCGAGGCGGCGGCCGGCGCAGAGUCGCUGGGCAGCCUGGAGCUGCCUCAAGGGCGCCCCUCCCCCUCCGAUGGCCCCACCCGCCAGGAUGACAUCGCCGGUCCAAACUUUCCCGCCCAGCCUACCACCUGGAGCUCCAAGUCUAGGUAUCAGGAGAGAGCGCCCAUGGCGCCGAGGCAGGGGCAGGGCGCCAGCACGGCGCCUCACUCUGUGAAUUCGGAUGAACUCUCCCUCCCUCCUCCUCGUCCUGGCCCAGCCAGCGUGCGCAGCCAAGCACCGGUGGCGCGCAACCCGCUGUCGCGUCCGCAGCCGCGGGCCGGCUUUGCAGCGAGCCAGCGGCAGCCGUCUCUUGCCACAUCCGGCCGGCCGCUGAACGGCGCUGUGGCUGCCGCGGAGAGCAGAGCGUCUGGGGAGUCAGAGCAAACAGGCCCGGAGUCGAGCCAGGAGACGGAGGCCGAGAGAGGCAGGGAUGGCGAGGGGACCUCAGCCUUGCAUGAAACAGCCUUGAGGGCGGCAGUAACUCAGUGGAGUGCAUCAGUGGAGCAGAACGGUGCCAGGGUCAGGUCAGGGGAGGAGCAGAGUGUGGAGAGGGAUUGGAAAGCAGAGAGAGCAGCGCAGCUGGAGGGGCAGCUUCUGAAGACAGAGCUUCAGCCCCUGUGCCGCAAGUACGGCCUGCCCACCACAGGGCGGAAGGAGAAGAUCGUGCAACGGCUGCUCAGUUACGAGGCAGUGCACAGACCUUCAUGA